AUGUCUACUCGAACACGGACCACGACCAGUACAAGGGUACAGAACCCCACUAGAACUCAGAUACAACCUGGGACACCGAUAGAUGAUUCAGCGGAUGUCAAAUGUACCGGCCAUCACAUGUCUUGUCCUAAGCUCAGAGCUGGCCCUAAGACCAAAAAUGCGGGCAGAGCGUUUUACUGCUGUCCAUUACCACGGGACGAUCCCGGUCGAUGUAAAUUCUUCAAAUGGCAUGACGAGCUCUUCCCCUUCCCUUCUUCGGCGGGACCAUCAACGCCAUCAGGGUCUACUCGAGCUUCUGCGCUGGUUCAGAGAACGAAUCAGACCCUCGGUCAAUCCCCUGCAGCUAGAUAUGGCCGUCCGGUCGGCUCAAACGACAAUACGCAUAGCGUAGGAAACAGCUCGUCUCGUCCGCAAGAGGCGGUACUGAUCAGUGAUGAUGAUGAAGAUGAGGAUGAGAUGGAGGAGAUAGACUGGGAUAAAGUGGAUGCUGAGGAGAUUGAACGUGAAGCUAUUGCAAGUACACCUGGAUCAUCCCAACUCACUGCUAGUCAGCAGACACCAAGUAAAGGCAUAUCAUUCAAUGACAGGUUAAAGAAUGCAGCGGAUGAGGGUCUGGGAAAAAGAAGAAGAGAUGAAGAAGGUUUGCAAGAAAUGAAUAGAACACCAAAAAGGGCUGCUAACGAUCCUAACCCCUUCCUCUCGUCCCCUACUACCCCUCGUUCGCCUCCUCACUCCAUUCUCUCACCUACGCUCUCGUCCCUCGAACAGCUGUCUGAACAUCUUCAUCGUCAAGAUAGAUUAUUACGUGCCGCCGAACAAAUGAAGAAGGGUAUGAGAAGUACCAUUAAAUCGCUACAGGAACGAAAUAAGGAAUUGGAAGAUCGAGUGAAGGAAUUGGAGGAACGCUUGUGGUAG